AUGAAACUUUCAAUUAUUUUAUUUCUUUGGUUGCCUCAUCUUGUUCAUUCAACUAAUAGCGAUGAAGAAAAAGAUGAACAAAAUUAUUUCAAUCAUUUUCAAUAUCAAAAUGUUGAAACAAGCGGGGCAGGAACUAGUGGCCAUGGAGGAACUGGAACUGGAAGCAUACUCCCAAGUACUGGAGGAUACUUUCAAGGAAUGACUUCUGGCACAGAACAUUCCCAAAAUUUGUUAGAUUCGAAUCGAGGUUUUGGCAAUAAUCCAUUUUUAAACUCACCUCAACAUCUACAAGUGAAUCCUUAUGGUCAAGUACCUCGAAAUUUUUGUGAUUUGCAAUUAGGAAAUAAUCCUUCUGGUCAAGAUUCUUCUCAAAAUCGGUUAAAUUUGGAUUUAACUCUUGGCAGUAAUCAAUCUGUAUACCCAACUCAAGAUCAACAUAUUGGUGCAGAAUACCAUCAAGGAACGAAUUUUUCUGGUCAAGUUACUUCUUUAAAUCAUUCAAAUUUAGAUUUAACUCUUGGAAUGAAUUCUAGUCAAACAGGUAAGAAUGGAACAGUAAUAAAAAUAGUAGAAAAAUAG